UACUCUGAUGGAGGGACGUCUUUUCAUUGGCGCAACAAUAAUCCCGCUGAGUGGUCCUCAGUUCACGUUAGACUGGUAGGAACUGCGAGUUUACGGACAGGUAGAUCCCUUAGCUCUGGUCAUCAUAGUACACAAACGGAUACAUCAGCCCGAGUCUGUAUUGUGUCCAGACCACUCCUGCACCUUUGUCAGUGCACACUCUUGAGCUUUGACCAUGGAGGUGGAGAAUGAGCAGCAAGAGGAGGAGACUACUGUCAGCAAUACAGAGAACAGAAAUGGUAAACGUCAAGCGGACGAUUCUGAGGAGCAGCAGUCGGUGAAGCGCUCCAGAAACUCAGAAGACCUGGUGGAACUUAGAAUACUGCUGCAGAGCAAGAAUGCCGGAGCUGUGAUAGGAAAGGGAGGCAAGAACAUCAAAGCCCUCCGCACAGACUACAAUGCCAGUGUGUCAGUUCCAGACAGCAGCGGGCCCGAGCGUAUCCUGAGCAUUAGUGCCGACAUCCCGACCGUAGGAGAGAUCCUGCUGAAGAUCAUCCCCACGCUGGAAGAGUACCAGCACCAUAAGGGCAUGGACUUUGACUGCGAGCUGCGGCUGCUGAUCCACCAGAGCCUGGCAGGAAGCAUCAUCGGAGUGAAGGGAGCCAAGAUUAAAGAGCUCAGAGAGAGCACACAGACCACCAUCAAACUGUUCCAGGAGUGUUGUCCCCAGUCCAGCGACCGUGUGGUGCUGGUGGGUGGGAAGGCUGAGCGCGUGGUGGAGUGCAUCCGCAUCAUGCUGGAGCUCAUCGCCGAGGCUCCUAUAAAGGGACGGGCACAGCCCUAUGACCCUAACUUCUUCGACGAGUCCUAUGACUACGGAGGCUUCAGCAUGCCGUUUGAGGAGCGAGGUGGUGGUGGAGGUGGCGGCGGAGGCGGUGGUGGUGGAGGAGGUGGUGGUGGUGGUGGGCGUCGGCCCAUGGGCGGUGGCUUUCCCUCCAGGGGGGGUCGUGGAGGAGGAGGUGGAGGUGGGGGUUUCGACCGCAUGCCCCCUGGGGGUCGAGGGGGUCACUCCAUGCCCCCGUCCCGCAGAGAUUACGACGACAUGAGCCCACGCCGUGGACCCCCACCCAUGCCCCCAGGCAGGGGGGGUCGAGGGGGUGGAAGGGGCCGCAACACACACAUGGGCCCCCCACCCCACAGGAGAGGAGAAGACCACUAUUCCUACGAGGCUCCUCGUGGAAACCACGACGACAGACCGAAGAGUGACCGAAGGGGGCGUCCUGCUGAUCGCUAUGGCGAGAGUAUGAAUGACCGUGGUUACAGCAACAAUUCCUCUUGGGAACCCCCCUAUCCGUCUGGAGGAAGAGGAUCCUACGGUGAUGUUGGAGGCCCCGUCAUUACUACACAAGUGACAAUCCCUAAAGAUCUUGCUGGCUCCAUCAUUGGUAAAGGAGGCCAGCGCAUCAAACAGAUCCGCCAUGAGUCGGGCGCGUCCAUCAAGAUCGACGAGCCUCUGCCCGGCUCCGACGACCGCAUCAUCACCAUCACCGGCUCACAGGACCAGAUCCAGAACGCCCAGUAUCUGCUCCAGAACAGUGCGCUGCAUCUCCUCGGACAGAACUAGCCCUGACCCUUCUGGACUGUUCAAACGUCUCUCUUUCUCUCUCUCACUCUCUCUCUCUCUCUCGCUCUCUCUCUAUGUGUCGCUCUCUCUCUUUCCGUGUCUCUCUGACAGGAGGUAGAUUGACUUGAUGCACUCCUGCCCCUCCCUCCUGGUGGGUGGAAUUCUAUUUUUUUUUUUUUUUGUAUUAUCUUUUUUUUUUUUUUUUUUUUUUUUUUAUCAUUCAAGGGCCAAUUUUAUGUUUGCUCAAGACAGAAGCCCUCCGUGUGUGUGUGUGUGUGUGUGUGUGCUUUUUUUUUUAAUCUCUACACCGCCCCUGCAGGCUGUGUGUGUUCGUGCAUGCUUGUGUGUGUGUGCGCGUGUGAGAGAUACGGCCAUGUUUCCCAAUGCAGUUCUGAGUGUUUAAUUACUUUGGUGUACGGCAGAUUCAGUGUAAAUAUGACCUGGUUCAUGGUUUCUGUAAUGUUACAUGGUGACCUGCAUCUUCAGAUUUUGUCAAGUUUGUAUGUUCUGAGAUAUGUAUGUGUGUGUGUGUGUGUUGUGAAACUGGUGUCUUUUAAAUCAAAAAUGUGUGUGUGAGUGUCGGUGAACUCUGGGCUACCUCCAACCCUCCACUCCCUCCAGUCUCAGAAUCUGUGUGUGUGUGUGUGUGUGUGUGUGUAUGUGUGUGUUUUUAUACUGGUGGCAGCAGCACAAACGCGUCCAGUCUGGAGUUAAUGGGCCGUGUGAACCUUUAUGAUUUUUGUUUCUUUUGUUUUGAGGUUAUUUUUUUGUUUUGUUUUGUUGUUUUCUCAUUUAAAUUUGUAUCUUGUCCUGGCAUGGUAUGCCUCUCCCCAAACAGAGCUGUAGAAUUUGCUAUUAGUCUCCAACAAUAAAGGUGAAGCCACUUUUUACCAGUA